AUGGCGGCAGUCGCACAUGAGCACGUCCGGCUCGCACAGUCCUUACCAAGACAACUGCUGCACUUCUUCAAGCGCUUUCCACCGCCCCAACUCUCCCCCGGCGCACCGCCUCCACGACCGCAAACCGUUCAAGUAGUCUCGGAUACCUCGUCCUCCAACCCGAAUGCCGGCGGGGCUACCAUCGAAGUGCCCGCCGAUGACCCAUCACCCACCCCUCUUAUCCAGAACGCGAAAUGGAAACGCAAUCCUUUUCUCGCCCAUAAGAACCCGACAACAGGCAACUGGCACGCCCCCCACUACUCACUGCGCCGACAAGCGGACCUCUUCCGCCUCGCGGUGGAGUACAACGUCCUCCCGCUUAUGCCUGAGAGCCCAAAGCACCCUGAAAUCAAAGCCGCGAAACGGGUAGAACAGGGUUUGAGGGUGAAGGGGACGGGCGAGGGCCAGAGGGUGAAGGGUAAGUACUGGGAGCGCACGUUGAAGUCGCGAUUGGAAGUGAGGAGGAAAGCGAUGGAGGCUAUGCCUGAUAUGAUUCGGACGUGGAAGGAGACAGGGCAUGGAAGAGGCUGGAAGAAGUAUCCGCGAGGACGCACGCUGCCCGAUAAUCGUCGCAAGGGUCGCGGUGUCCUCGAAUACGCUUGA